CAGCCGCCCCCCAACUUCGAGGCGCCGCCAUGGACCCGGGGGCGCCAGGCGCGGACGGCGGCGGGGGCCUGGGCGGCUUCGGAACCGGCCGGAGGCCUCCCCGGCCCGUGGGCGCCCUGGCCGUGGGCUCGCGGCAGCCCAGCGUGGAGACCCUGGACAGCCCUACAGGAUCUCAUGUUGAAUGGUGCAAACAGCUAAUAGCUGCUACAAUUUCUAGUCAGAUUUCAGGGUCAGUGCCAUCUGAAAGUAUAUCCAGAGAUUAUCGGGUUUUCAGGAGGCCUGACAUCAGGGCUCUGAGAGAUGGAAACAAGCUGGCCCAAAUGGAGGAGGCACCACUUUUUCCUGGAGAAUCGAUCAAAGCUAUUGUCAAGGAUGUCAUGUAUAUCUGUCCAUUUAUGGGAGCAGUUAGUGGAACACUGACAGUGACUGAUUUCAAGAUGUACUUCAAAAAUGUAGAGAGGGAUCCACAUUUUAUCCUUGAUGUUCCCCUUGGAGUGAUAAGCAGAGUUGAAAAGAUUGGAGUACAGAGUCAUGGAGAUAACUCUUGUGGCAUAGAGAUUGUUUGCAAGGAUAUGAGAAACUUACGACUUGCCUAUAAACAGGAAGAACAGAGUAAGCUGGGGAUAUUUGAAAACCUCAACAGAUAUGCCUUUCCUCUUUCCAAUGGGCAAGCUUUAUUUGCAUUCAACUAUAAAGAAAAGUUUCCAUCUAAUGGCUGGAAAGUUUAUGAUCCCGUAUCCGAAUAUAAGAGACAGGGUUUACCAAAUGAGAGCUGGAAAAUAUCCAAAAUAAAUAGUAGCUAUGAGCUUUGUGAUACGUAUCCUGCUAUUAUUGUCGUGCCAACUAGCGUGAAAGAUGAUGACCUCACAAAAGUAGCAGCAUUUAGAGCAAAAGGCCGAGUUCCGGUCUUGUCCUGGAUUCAUCCUGAGAGUCAGGCAACAAUUACUCGCUGCAGCCAGCCACUUGUGGGCCCAAAUGAUAAACGCUGCAAAGAAGAUGAAAAAUACCUGCAAACGAUAAUGGAUGCCAAUGCCCAGUCACAUAAACUUAUUAUCUUUGAUGCCAGACAAAACAGUGUUGCUGAUACCAACAAGGCAAAAGGUGGAGGAUAUGAAAGUGAAAGUGCCUAUCCAAAUGCUGAGCUGAUAUUCUUGGAAAUUCACAAUAUUCACGUGAUGAGAGAAUCAUUACGUAAAUUGAAAGAAAUUGUUUAUCCUUCGAUUGAUGAGGCCAAGUGGCUAUCCAACGUGGAUGCAACACAUUGGUUGGAAUAUAUAAGGAUGCUUCUUGCUGGAGCAGUAAGAAUUGCUGAUAAAAUAGAAUCUGGAAAAACUUCUGUGGUGAUACACUGUAGUGACGGAUGGGAUCGGACAGCACAGCUCACGUCUCUGGCUAUGCUUAUGUUGGACAGUUAUUACCGCACCAUUCAAGGAUUUGAGGCCCUUGUGGAAAAAGAGUGGACAAGCUUUGGGCAUAGGUUUGCAUUGAGAGUAGGCCAUGGUGAUGACAACCAUGCAGAUGCUGAUAGAUCUCCUAUAUUUCUUCAAUUUAUCGAUUGUGUCUGGCAAAUGACUAAACAGUUUCCCUCAGCUUUUGAAUUCAACGAACUCUUCUUGAUUACCAUCUUGGAUCACCUUUACAGUUGUCUCUUUGGGACUUUUUUAUGCAACUGUGAACAGCAACGGUUAAAAGAGGGUGUGCAUACAAAAACUAUCUCUUUAUGGUCUUAUAUCAACAGCCAACUGGACGAGUUUUCGAAUCCCUUCUAUGUGAAUUAUGAAAACCAUGUUUUAUAUCCUGUUGCUAGUCUGAAUCAUUUGGAAUUGUGGGUAAACUACUAUGUCCGAUGGAACCCACGAAUGAGACCUCAGAUGCCAAUUCACCAGAAUCUUAAGGAGCUGCUUGCCAUAAGAUCAGAACUUCAGAAGAGGGUGGAAGAUUUACAGCGGGAAGCUGCUACACGAUCUAUUUCAUCGUCUUCAGAUCGAGGGUCCUCACCUUCCCACUCAGUCACUCCAGUACAUACGUCUGUUUGAUGUGUCGUGGAAGCCAGGAGUGCUUCUUAAAAUGGGAUUAUCCAUACAUAGAAUAUACUUCUAAGACUAUCUUAGUAUACUGUAAACUUCCCACUCCCCCCGCAAAAUACACACUGUUGUGAAAAGGGGGUUUUGUAAUUGUUAGCGUAGAAUUUUGUCUUUUUAUAUUUAGGCCAAGAGUUUCUUUAUUCUGUAUUGUGGCGUUUUCAAUAAUUGGUCGUUUGCGUGGCUGUUUUGACAUCUUUGCAGAACUCUGUUUUGUGAGCAGUCGUGACUUAAUUUUGAAUCAUGAACAAUUUCUCAAUCUUUAAAGGGGUUCUAUCAGACUGAUUAUAUGGGAAAGCACUAUGCCUUAGGCAGCUUUUGAGAAGCCAGUGCAAAUAGACUGUCAUGCUUACCUUGAAGGCAGCAUCAAGGUGUUUUUCAAAAGUGAAUGCAUUACAAACAAGACAUUUUGUACCUAAAGAUCAUGUGUCAGCCAGUUAAGUGAUUUCUCUAGGUUAUUUGAUAAAACUUAAACCAAUUUUUAAUAUUUUAUGGGGAAAGAAAAGACAUUGCAUUUGCGGUAAGAUGUUUCCUUGAUGGAAAGAAUAAUCCUUGCCAAGUAAUGUAUGAGAUUUUCUUUUUUAAAGAGCCAAUUCUUUUAAUGCUUUUUCACAUUUAAAAUGGACACGUUCACAUUCCCUUGUGAAGGGUGUCAGAUGAAUCUGUUGUACAUGAAAUUAUUUUAGUUAAAUCUCUUGGUAAUCUUUUAGAGUAUGGUACAUUUGGAUCAGGUCCUCAAAAAUUUAUGUAUCAAUAGCAUAGAAGCACUUUAAGUCUUGCAAUGUGCACACCAGUCUAGUAUUAUUUAUUUGCAUGAGUAUCAAUGGUUGUACAUUGUUUCCUGCAUUUCCAAACUGCUGAACUUAAAGGACUUCAUUAAUUUUGUUUUUAAUAUUACGUUUGAUUGGAUUCCUUUAAGUUGAAAUUACUUUCUGUUUUUUUUUUUUAUUUUGCAGG